CCCCAUCCAUCCCCACACGCGCUCUCUCUCUCUCUCUCUCUCCCUCUCCCUCUCCCUCUCUCUCCCUCUCUCUCUCUCCGCCCUCUCUCCGCCGGCCGGCCGAUGGAGUGCAGCGACACCACAAUGACGAACACUACUACUGCCCCAUCCUCUCCAGUAUCUGCCCCUUCUCCCUCGUCUUCUUCUUCUCCCCCUCCGCCGCAGCCUGCGCCUGCCGCGGCGGCGAAUGUCGUGGUGAGCCCGUGCGCGGCCUGCAAGAUCCUGCGGCGGCGAUGCGCGGAGAAGUGCGUGCUGGCCCCCUACUUCCCCCCCUCCGAGCCCUACAAGUUCACCAUUGCCCACCGAGUCUUCGGCGCCAGCAACAUCAUCAAGUUCUUGCAGGAACUGCCAGAGGCACAGAGGGCAGAUGCAGUGAGCAGCAUGGUGUACGAGGCAAACGCGAGGAUAAGGGACCCGGUGUACGGCUGCGCCGGCGCCAUAUGCCAGCUCCAGAAGCAGGUCAGCGAGCUUCAGGGGCAGCUAGCCAAGGCCCAGGCGGAGCUCGUCACCAUGCACUGCCACCAGGCCAACCUCGUGGCCUUCCUCUGCAUGGAGAUGGCCCAGCAGCACAACCGCCCGUCUUCUCCUCACCAAUCUCCCCUUCAUCACCAGCCCCACGCGGCCGCCGCCGCCGCCGCCGCAGCCGCCGUGUCGUUCCAAGACCCCCACUCUGCACUGGACGAGGACCACAACAACGAGGCGGCUGCCGCCGUGGGCAGCCCCCCCUACACUUCUCUGCAGAGCAGUUCCUGCUUCUUCGACGACGCCAACCCCGGGUCCUUGUGGGAACUACCCCUCUGGACAUGACUCCUUAAUUUUACUUCUUUAUUUUCGAUCAUAUAAAAAUAUAUAUAAUAUAAACUAAAUCAAUUAAUUAAGAAGAAAUUGUAGUUCUUAAUUUAGCUUUCUCUGGCUAGUUCUCCUAACUCAAGCUAACCGCACCGAUGGGAAGGAGAAAUUUGCAGAAGAAAAUAUAGAUGCAGGGAAUAAAACUAUGUGUUAUGUUGUCUUUUAAUUGGGCCUAACGUGUGAAGAGGAAAAGAUAUGUACGGCUCUACUGUCUUCCAUAAAAGGCAAAGCAAAAGCGAGUGAGAGGUUGACUGAUCAAUUAAUUUGAAGGCUCUUUUUCCUCCAA